CCCGCUUUCUGCUCUCUGUGACGUCGCUGUUGUAAAGUGACGCAGGACGAGCUCGACAGCGCUUCCAGAAAGGACAAGAGUUCACUUAAUAAUAGUGCCUUUGACAUUGCCGUGCACCACUCAGAAACACGGCGCCUGGAGAAACCAUGGCCGUUUCAGGUUUACCACAGUUAUCAGCCAACACUGGGAUGAGGCUGUCAAAAGAGCAUUUCCUCGUAGCGGUACCCGUGGCAGUGCUCGCAGCCGCAGGCGGCUUUCUGGUCAGCCGUUACCUGAAUGGGCGGAGCUGUAAAAAGGGCUUGGUGAACACGUGCAUCAACAAAGAUAGUCCCAAAGUGGUGCACAGCUUCGACAUGGAGGACAUUGGCACCAAGGCCGUGUACUGCCGCUGCUGGAAGUCAAAGAAGUUCCCGUACUGUGACGGCGCCCACAGCAAACACAACGAGGAAACUGGUGACAAUGUGGGACCCCUCAUCAUCAAGAAGAGGGACACUUAAGCCAAACAAUUUGUCGCCCCCUCCGACAUGCAUCCCCUUGUUUGUUCAGACAUGAUUACGGCGUCUAAUGGACGUGUACUACAGGUAUUAUGUUGUCACAGUAAAUCGUCAAUAGAAUGUGCUACUGCUUGAACACUAAGUGACAUUAAGGAGAUACAGGAAUUAAAGAUCGCUUGGCCGCUUAUAAAUGGUUUGCUUGUGUAGGGUACUACAAGUGUGGAGCAGGUGAUGUAAAAAAAAGGGUUGUGCCACUUUUCUGAUUCCAGCCUUAAAUGAAAUAAACAUACACUACCCACAUGAAUGUUGCUUGCUUUGUGUUGUGCUCCAACAGCCAAGUUUGUCAUGUCUGAUGUCAUGUGUGUCCAAUCUGCUGUGAACUGUGGAAACGCUGCUGACAAACGGUAUAUUUGGCUUUUUCUUUAGAUUUUCUACAGUGCUGUGUGUCAGAUCAAAGGGGAUCUUCUGUGUAAUGUAAAUAAACUUUCUUGUGCAACUUGA